UGUUUUCCCUUUAACGACGUUAUCAUGCGUUGUAAUUGUUCGGUAGUACUAUUUUGACAAAAUAACAAAAUAUAUAAAUGAAAUAACUCCGAAUUGAGUCAAGCGGACACACCGCAAAACCUGCUCCACUCUGUAUGCGCAAACAUUGAGCCUAAGACCCGCACGAAGACAAACAAACCACUUCCUUGAAGCAGUGGCUCGUCUCAUGUGACUGAGUGAAGUGGAUCUCUUCUGCGAGGGAUGGCUGCUCUAACUCUGCUCCUGCUGACUGCAAUAAUAUGUAGUUCGCUGACUGAAAACCCAUCGAAUGUUUCGCCUCCAAACAUCAUCAUCAUGCUCAUGGACGACAUGGGUUGGGGGGAUUUGGGGGUGUUUGGCCAGCCUUCUAAAGAAACCCCUAACCUGGACGCCAUGGCUGCUGAAGGAAUGCUAUUUCCAAACUUCUACACUGCCAACCCUCUCUGUUCCCCAUCCAGAGCUGCACUUCUCACCGGCAGGCUGCCUGUCAGAAACGGCUUCUACACCACUAAUGCCCACGCCCGCAACGCGUACACACCCCAGGAGAUAGUCGGAGGAAUCUCUGAGGAUGAGAUUCUGUUACCCCAGAUUCUGAAAAAAAGGGGAUAUGUCAGCAAGAUAGUUGGCAAGUGGCAUUUGGGCCACAGACCACAGUACCUUCCUCUGGAGAAUGGCUUCGAUGAAUGGUUCGGCGCACCAAACUGCCACUUUGGCCCUUACAGGAGCAACCACUCACGCCCCAACAUCCCCGUCUACAACAAUUCAGAGAUGGUCGGCAGAUACUAUGAGGAGUUUGUGAUUGACAGGGAAACGGGAGAGUCCAACUUCACGCAGAUGCUUUUGAAGGAAGGUCUUGAGUUCAUACAGCGUCAGACUAAGGCUCAGCGACCCUUCUUCCUCUACUGGGCAGCCGACUCCACUCACGCCCCCGUCUACGCCUCCAAAGGCUUCCUAGGAAAAAGCCAGCGAGGCCGGUAUGGAGAUGCGGUGAUGGAGCUGGAUGACAGUGUGGGUCACAUCCUGUCCUCGCUGCGCACUCUGGGAAUUGAGAAUAACACCUUUGUCUUCUUCACGUCAGACAACGGAGCGGCUUUAACAUCCGGCCCACACCAAAGUGGCAGCAAUGGGCCGUUCCUCUGCGGGAAGGAGACUACUUUUGAGGGCGGCAUGAGGGAGCCUGCCAUCGCCUGGUGGCCUGGACGCAUCACUAAAGGCACGGUGAGCUUCCAGUUGGCCAGUGUGAUGGACCUGUUCACCACCAGUUUGGCUCUGGCUGACAUCGGCCCUCCUGACAACAGAACCUUGGAUGGACUGGACCUCACACCAGUCCUGUUGAGCAGCUCCGACAAGGUCUUAGACAGGCCUAUCUUCUACUACCGUGGGAAUGAGAUGAUGGCUGUGAGGCUAGGACAGUACAAGGCGCACUACUGGACCUGGAGCAACUCCUGGAACGAGUUCAAAACAGGAAUCAACUUCUGUCCCGGUGAGGAAGUCCCGGGCGUGACCACUCACGAUCAGACGGAGCACACGCUGCAGCCAAUCCUCUUCCAUCUGGGACGGGAUCCCGGAGAGAAGUAUCCAAUCAGCGUUUUGUCUAAGGAGUACAGCGACGUGCUGAGCAGGAUCUCUGCAGUCGUGGAGCAGCAUAAGAACACGCUGGUGCCUGGUAUUCCACAGCUCAACAUGUGUGACAUGGCAGUGAUGAACUGGGCUCCAGCCGGAUGUGAGAAGUUAGGAAAGUGUCUCAAAGUGCCCAAGUCUGAGAGCUGGAAGUGCUCGUGGCCACACUGACACCAUCAAGCAAAAAGACUCUAAAAAAGAAAAAUACAGACACCCUGAUUAUUUAUUCUGCUAAGGAGGUGUUGUCAACUCAAAAGGUAAAGCACGUAUUUGGAUGGAGUUUGUUAGAUUUUGGUGGUGAUCUGGAUUUUUAACGGUGAGUUUUUGGACAUUUUUGUUACAUUACCUGUAUGAUACAGGUUUAUGUUACCGUGUUAUUUGAUUGAAAUCUGGGUAACAGUUACAGUUUGAGUGUAUUGACACUGUUGGAAAAGUUGAGGUUUGCUCUCUCUCUCUCCCCGAGUGCUUUCUCUCAUUUAACUCUCGUGGUAAAUUGCCCCUUUGUCUAUAUUGGACAGGAAUUUUUGUGGAAUGACAUGCCUUGACAUAAAAAUUGGCCUAUUAUUUAUGUUUUUUAUGAUUAUAACACAUUUCUUCACGUAUACAGUGUCAGAAUAAAUGUUUUUACAAUUUAGAAAAUCAACUCUGUAUGAGAUAGUAAGCCAAACCAAACAAAUUCAAUCCAAUUUUAAAACAUUUGAGUACUUUUCACUCAGGUAUACUUACAGCUAUACAUAGAACUAUAUAAGUAAACUUAGGUUGUGCUGAAAAAAGUGAUAUUAGACGAGAAUCUAGAUAUGAGUUUUAACAUAGUGAUGGAAAAAAAGGGGUUUAAUGGUUAUAAUGUAAACGAGGGCAUACAGGGUGAAUCCAUUUAGUUGCAACAAAAGGGCUUUGAGUACAAAUAACUUUUUACAGCUGUGAAUUUAAUGUUCUGGAAGAAACCUGCGACAAGUGUCGGUGCUUUCAAUCCAAAAACGUGAGCAUGUGAGGGAAAUGUUUUUGUAAAAUAUUAUUUCAAUCAUUAUCCGGCUGGAUUAUGGGAUUAAUUCAGCUUCAUUUGUAUUUGCAUACUUGAAAAACAGAUUUGGUUUGUCGGCUUUCUAUUAAAUUGUAUCAAAGUUUA